CGGGGAGACCCCGUGAAGGGGACUCUGGAUGCCGGCGCGAGGCUCUGCGAGGCGGCCCCACAGCAGACCCCCAUGCCUCCCCCGCGCGGCUGCGAGCCCCCAUCGGCGCGGACGAGAGCGACCAGAGGGGGGUGGUGUGUGUGCCGCCACGGAGGCUGGUGCUGCUGAUGGCCGGCGUGGCUGCCAUGGUGUUCCUGCCCUGCUCACUGCUCCACCACCACCACCUCCUCCUCGACAGCCGCCCCACACCCCCACUGCUCACGCACACCAUGGGUAGUGGCCUGUGGCCUGCUGACCGAGCAGCCUCGCAAACCGCAAGUUCUCAUCAGCCCCUGGUGUGCGGCGGGGGCUCUGCGACGGGGGGCCCCCCGGCCGUCCGCGACCCCUUCGCCCGCCCGGGCGGGGGGCUCAAGUACCCCUACAGCUCCUCCGAGGUGGACCUGCCCCCCACGAUCGCGCUCUCGGACGGCGAGGAGCCGCCCCCCUACAAGGGCCCCUGCUCCCUGCGCCUCCGCAACCACGAGCAGCAGCUGGAGAUCAACCGCGAGGCCAUCCGGCCGCCCCCCAACCGCACCGUCUUCGACAGCGACUACUGGCCGCACUUCCGGCCCCCCUCCUGCCGAGCGGGGGUCUCGGCGGGGGGGGCUCGCGGCGGCGGCGACGGGGGGGGUCCCCCGCGGGGGCUGUUGCUGCCGCCGCCGCCCUCCUACAGCGAGGCGCUGAGACACUGCCUCAUGCCGGUCGCCGUCACGGCGACCGGCGCCAAGGCGGCAGCGGGCCCCGCCGCGGGCACGGCCGCCGUUGCCGCCGCCGCCCGCGGCGCGACCGGCGCGGCUGCCGGCACCAAGCCCGGCGCGGGCGCCAUCGCCGGCAACAGCGGCGACGCGACCGGAACGACUGCCGCCGCCGUUGCCGUCGACGGCGGCGGCGCGACCGAGCAAGAGACGGCGGUCAUGGUCGUGGUGGUGGGGAUGGGGGUGGGGAUGGGGGUGGGGGGCGGCCAACCGCAGACUAACGCCAGGGGACGCACGGCUUGACGGGAGCACGGAGACGCACGCACGCACGCGGGGUCAACAUCCGUAGGCCACGCUGCAACGCGGCCGUUGUGGAUCCGGGGGCGGAAGGGGAAAGAGGAGCGGCGGUGACGGCCGCAGCGGCGGUGACGGCGGUGCCAAAGAGGGAGGGCGGAAGGAGGAGGAACUGACGGGCGCGGGAGGCGGGCGAGAGAGCGAAGCGGCGAGGAUUUGGACCGGCCAUUGCGGGGAGAGUGGGGAAGGGGAGGGGGGGCGCCCAAGGCGGACCGCUCGCCUCGCUCGCGUCGAUCGCUUUUAGUGCCAGUGCUGGACUCGCGGAGGAAAUAAGAAAUAUCUAUAUCUCUAUUAUAUUAACGAGAAGAGAUUCUAUCUAUAUAUACGUCUAGCGACACUCGCCCGGCCGUUGGCGCGGCCGGGAGAUGUUCCAAAGUGCUUUUAGGGGUCAGGCAAAAAUUUCACAAAAGCACACAGCCACCGGGGGAGGUGGUGGCUCACCACCCGUCACUCACCACCCGGUGCUCACCGUCACUCACCGUCACUCACCGUCACUCACCGUCACUCACCACCCGGCGCUCACCGUCACUCACCGUCACCACCCGGCGCUCACCACCCGGCGCUCACCACGCGUCACUCACCACCCGGCGCUCACCGUCACUCACCACCCGGCGCUCACCGUCACUCACCACCCGGCGCUCACCACCCGGCGCUCACCACGCGUCACUCACCACCCGGCGCUCACCACCCGGCGCUCACCACGCGUCACUCACCACCCGGCGC